UUCACCUCCGUCACAUCACGAUGGAAUCUCAGGCAGCGGAAGUAUUCACCGAAGUGAACAAACUCCGAGCUCAGUUGCUGAACAGCGUCGACGUCGCGACAGACGCACGGCGGGAGGAAGUAGGGCCGAGCAGCAGGGAAAUUCUGGCUCGUAUCGAGAACGUAAUCCUAGGAAUAGUGACCAGUCUGUCCAGAGAUGAGGCUCCUGUCCUGGUGCUGCCCAACAGAUCCAGCUGGGCCAACGUCAGCUUUCACAGUGCCGUCGGGCUUCAAAUGAGUUCAGGAAGUUCCGUCAGCACCGUUAGGAGCGACUGUCCUUCGUCUGUCACUAAAUUUGCACAAAUUGUCAAGAUUCUCUCGGUGAUCUACAGACUCGUGCAGAGCGACUCGUACGCUACCAAAAGAGACAUCUAUUACAACAAUACACAGCUGUUUGGUUCCCAGACAACUGUUGACGGUAUCGUAGAUGAUAUCUCCUGCAUGCUAAAAGCUCCUCGCAGGUCACUCCAUGUGUUGGCCACGUCCAAGGGACUGAUCGCAGGUGACCUGCGUUACAUGGAGGAGGACAACACAAGGAUCGACUGCCGCUCCAGCUCUGUUGCCGUUGCAGUUUCAUCAAACAUAAGUGGGAUUAAAAAUAUUGUAUCGGCCGCAAAAUUUGUCCUGAUCGUUGAGAAGGACGCGACUUUCCAGAGGCUGCUGGAUGAUGACUUCUGCACAAAGCUCAGUCCCUGCAUCAUGAUCACAGGUAAAGGCGUGCCAGAUGUGAACAGCAGGCUGAUGGUGAGGAAGCUUUGGGACACGCUGCACAUCCCCACCUUCGCUCUGGUGGAUGCUGACCCUCACGGCAUUGAGAUCAUGUGUAUCUACAAGUACGGAUCAGUGGCCAUGUCGUUUGAGGCCCACAGUCUGACCGUCCCCAGCGUUAUGUGGCUAGGCCUCCUCCCCUCUGACCUCCGGAGGUUGCAGGUUCCUGAGGAUGCCCUGAUCCCCCUCAGCAGGAGAGAUGAAAGCAAACUCGGCAGCCUUCUUAAAAGGCCGUACUUUAGCUGCCAACCAGACUGGCAGAAAGAGUUGGAACUGAUGCAGCAGACGAAGGUCAAGGCUGAAAUACAGUCCCUGGCAACUAUAGCUCCAGAUUUCCUCAGCAGCGUCUACCUGCCCAACAAGCUGCGUUACGGAGGCUGGAUCUGAGCACGAGGCUGCCACCUAGUGGAAGAAAAGGAGAAACAGGUUGGCAAAAACCCUUUUCAGAGAAAGGACAAGUUUUGAUUUGUGUUGUUUGUUCAGUUUGUAGCGCUUGAACGUGUUUCAGAAAAUGUUUCAUCAUAUCAUUAAAAAUCCCUGUGAUCCCAUUGAAGAGUGUGGUUUAUGUUCCUGAUGUACAUUUUUUUUAUUAAUAAUAAAGACAUUGAAUGGU